CUUUAAAAGGAGCACAUCAGUAACAAAGAUAGCACUCUUCACUGGUAAAAAUCAAGAAGUAACAAGACGACACAGCAAAGCAGUAUCUCUUGGAAAAGAUGAUACUGGAAACUCUGAAUCCACUGCACUACAACAUCACCAGCCUAGUAUCAGAGACGAUGCCAGUGGCCACAGUGCCCAUCCUCAUUCUCAUGUGCUUUCUGUUCCUAAUAUGGAAUCAUGAAGAAACUUCAUCAAUACCAGGGCCAGGAUACUGUAUGGGAAUUGGUCCUCUCAUUUCACAUGGGAGAUUUCUCUGGAUGGGAGUAGGUAAUGCCUGCAACUACUACAAUAAGACAUACGGAGAAUUUGUAAGAGUUUGGAUCAGCGGUGAAGAAACAUUUAUAAUUAGCAAAUCCUCAAGUGUGUUCCAUGUAAUGAAACACUGGCAUUAUGUUUCUCGAUUUGGGAGCAAGCUUGGAUUACAGUGCAUUGGCAUGUAUGAAAAUGGGAUCAUAUUUAAUAACAACCCAGCACACUGGAAAGAAAUUCGACCCUUUUUCACCAAAGCUCUAUCUGGGCCUGGUCUUGUGCGUAUGAUAGCAAUUUGUGUUGAAUCAACAAUUGAUCACCUGGACAAACUAGAGGAAGUAACCACUGAAGUAGGAAACAUCAACGUGUUGAAUCUCAUGAGACGGAUCAUGCUUGACACAUCUAACAAGCUUUUUCUGGGGAUCCCUUUGGAUGAAAGUGCCAUUGUACUUAAGAUUCAGAACUACUUUGAUGCUUGGCAAGCACUUUUAUUAAAGCCCGACAUCUUUUUUAAGAUUUCUUGGCUGUGCAAGAAAUAUGAAGAGGCAGUCAAGGAUCUGAAAGGAGCAAUGGAAAUCUUAAUAGAACAGAAACGACAAAAGCUUUCCACUGUUGAAAAGUUGGAUGAACACAUGGAUUUUGCAUCCCAGUUAAUUUUUGCACAGAACAGAGGGGAUCUGACCGCCGAGAAUGUGAACCAGUGUGUGCUGGAGAUGAUGAUUGCUGCUCCUGAUACUCUGUCUGUGACUCUCUUCUUCAUGUUAAUACUGAUUGCAGAGCACCCCACAGUGGAAGAGGAGAUGAUGAAAGAAAUCGAAACUGUCAUGGGUGACAGAGACAUACAGAGUGAUGACAUGCCAAACUUAAAAAUUGUGGAGAAUUUUAUUUAUGAGAGCAUGAGAUACCAGCCAGUUGUGGACUUGAUCAUGCGAAAAGCUUUACAAGAUGAUGUAAUUGAUGGCUAUCCUGUGAAAAAGGGGACAAACAUCAUUCUCAAUAUCGGACGUAUGCAUAAGCUCGAAUUCUUCCCAAAGCCAAAUGAGUUUUCUCUUGAAAAUUUUGAGAAAAAUGUUCCUUCACGCUACUUCCAACCAUUUGGAUUUGGCCCUCGGGGCUGCGUAGGAAAGUUUAUUGCCAUGGUAAUGAUGAAAGCAAUUCUGGUGACUCUUCUGAGAAGGUGCAGAGUACAGACAAUGAAAGGAAGAGGCCUUAACAACAUCCAGAAAAAUAAUGACUUAUCCAUGCACCCAAUAGAAAGGCAGCCUCUGCUGGAGAUGGUUUUCACACCAAGAAGAAAUACAAACAAAAAUCAGGAGGACUAAAAUAGAUCAGCAUUAAAGUUACAGGGCUUUCUCAGUCACAGCCACAAAGAAAUCCCCAUCAUUCCCAGGUAAAGAUAUAGACUAAAAAAUUUUGUUGCCCCUAAAUCACUACAGCUUCAGAUGACAGCUUGUUCUGUCUGCACAGCAGAACCAGGCUCUGGCCACAACUUCAGUGUAGUAAAGUAAGACUAAAAUUACAAAACAGUCGUGUUAGGUCAUGUCACACUAUAUGCAGGAUUCCUGACUACUUUUUAAAACCAUC